AUGGAAGACCCCUACAAGAGCUUCUUCAAGAACAGCUACUACUACUACACCUCCUCCUACCCAGCUGCCCCAGCUCCCCACCAUCUCCCUCCUCCCCUUCCACCGUACACCACCCUCUACCCCGCCGCCGCGGCGCCUCAGUACCACUCUGCCUGCUUCUUCCAGCCGCCACCGACGACGCUGCCGCCUCUCCAUGACAGCCCGCCGUCACCGCCGCUACGAGAGGCGCUGCCCCUCCUCUCCCAGUCGCCUACGCGCGCCGCCUCCCGGGCUCAGCCGCGCCCGCACGUGGCGGUGGACUCCGACUCCGACGAUGACGCCGAUGACUUCGUCCUACGGGAGGCCGUUGGCAGUUCCGUGACUCCCUCUACGCGUGCGCCGCUCUUCGCCGACCUCAACUGCAUGCCCUCCUGCUGCGACGACGACGGCGACCCGAUGGACCUGGAGGCCGCGGCGCCCACGGACGAUGACGACGCCGCGGUCGCUCUGCGCAUCGGCCUGCCACCGGCUCCCGUCAACGGCGGCUGCGGUGGCGCCGAGGCUGACCUCCUGUCCGGGCUCUCCGGCAGGGCCGGCUGCGGUGGCAUGGAGGCCGAGGAGGACGAGGACGAGUGCAAGGUGGACACCGGCGGCGACGGCGACGAGGUGGUGCCGUUAGGGUUCGCGUCGACGCCCAUCGGGAGGCUCAACAAGGGGCAGUACUGGAUCCCGACGCCGGCGCAGAUCCUCAUCGGGCCUACGCAAUUCUCGUGCCCCGUCUGCUACAAGACCUUCAACCGGUACAACAACAUGCAGAUGCACAUGUGGGGGCACGGGUCUCAGUACCGCAAGGGCCCGGAGUCGCUCCGCGGCGUGCAGCCGACGGCAAUGCUCCGGCUGCCGUGCUACUGCUGCGCGCCGGGUUGCCGCAACAACAUCGACCACCCGCGGGCGCGGCCGCUCAAGGACUUCCGGACGCUGCAGACGCACUACAAGCGCAAGCACGGGCUGAAGCCCUUCCUGUGCCGCAAGUGCGGCAAGGCGUUCGCCGUCAAGGGCGACUGGCGCACGCACGAGAAGAACUGCGGCAAGCUCUGGUACUGCCUCUGCGGCUCCGAGUUCAAGCACAAGCGCUCGCUCAAGGACCACGCGCGCGCCUUCGGCCACGGCCACGGCGCCUUCGGCUGCAACCUCGAUGGCGGCAGCGGCGCCGACGGCCUCGACGACGACGACGACGGCGCCGUCUCCGAGAUUGAGCACGACUUGUGCGCCGCCGCCUGCAGCAGCAGGUCCGCCGCCGCCGCGCGGUGA